AUGGCUAUAAGGUCACUCAAUGUAGUGCAUGAUGGAAUGACAGGUGGAAAUGAUUUUAUUAAUAUAUUUGUUAAUGAUAAAGCCUGCUUCUUCGAAGGUGAAUCUAAAGGUCAUAUAACUGUUAAAAUUCAAACCCCUCAAUUUGAUGACUCUUUGUAUACUACUACAAUUAUCUUUCCCAUUACCGUCAAAAUUGUUUCUAAGCCACCAAGACACAAACGAAUAUUAUGGGAUCAAUUCCACAACUUGCAAUAUCCACCCGGUUAUAUCCCACGCGACAAUCUUCGAAUUAAAUCAGACCCUUUGGAUUGGAGAAGCGAUCAUAUACAUACAAAUUUCCGUGAUAUGUAUCAACACCUUAGAAAUCUUGGUUAUUAUAUAGAUACACUGGGAAUGCCUUACACAUGUUUCAAUGCGUCAAAUUAUGGAACAUUAUUAAUUGUUGACCCAGAAGAAGAAUUUUUUGAUGAAGAAAUUUACAAAUUACAGGAAGAUGUAUUUGAGCUUGGUCUUGGUAUUAUUAUAUUCGCGGAUUGGUAUAACUCAUCUGUAAUGAAUAAAAUGAAAUUUUUUGAUGAAAAUACAAGAGAAUGGUGGAUUCCAGAUACUGGUGGAUCUAAUAUUCCAGCACUGAAUGAUAUGCUGCAAGGAUUUGGGAUAUCAUUAACUGACAAUGUUGUUGAGGGAUAUUUCCGUCUUGGGGAGCAUAAUAUGUACUAUGCCAGCGGUUCAACCUUGGGAUUAUUUCCAAAACAUCCCGACAACAUUGUAAUAAAUGCAAAGCUAAAUGAUCAGGGUGAAGAGAUAAUAAAUAAUGUGAACAUCGCAUCUAACAUUCGAAUAAAAAAAAAAUAUCCAAUUAUAGGAUUAUUUCAAAUGCAUCAAAUUGAUAGGAAAAAAAUAUCAAUUCCCAGAAUAUUUGGAGUGAUUAAUACUGGAAAUGAUUUUUUUGAUAUGAGUAAUAUUAAUAUUACAAAUCCAAUUCUAAAUAAAAGAGUUUUACUUGAGUCGAAUUUGAAAUCUUUUACUGAAAUACGAGACACCAAAGUUAACUCAAAAAAUGUUCCAAGCAUGUUUCACGAUGGAAAUAAACUGGGUCGGAUAGUACUGAUGGGUGAUUCCAAUUGUAUAGAUUCCACAUUUACAGACAAAUAUUGCCUUUGGUUACUUAAAGCAUUUUUGGAAUACACAAUGAAUUCGUACACAUCAUCAUUACUAAAACAAUUAAAUAGCAUAUCCCAGUACUCAAACAUUAAAACUCACCAGACGUUUCCGAGAAGAGUCAAAAAUUCAAGAUUAUACAAAUUUUCGAAAGUUGUGAAACCCACCAAUAAUUUAAAAAAAAAUCAUAUACAAUCUUGUGAAGAACUUGUCUAUAAUAAGCAUUAUUACCUUAAUUUUUCUGAAACAGUACUAACGUAAAACAAGUAGGAAAGUAUAGUAUGCCCGACCAUAUGAUACCCUACACCAUUGAGUAUGUUAAAUUUUGAUUAUUUUUAAUAAUAAAGUAUUUAAGUUGUUUACC